AUGGUUGAAAAUGAGAAGGUUAGCUUGCAAGCUCAAGCUCCAAAGGAUCCAACAAGCAAACAACCUAUCACAAUAGUGGAGGAUGCAUUUGAAGACCACAAAGGUGCUGAACUUGAUGCAAUGGAUCAAAAUGACAUAAAUUAUGAUGAUGACGGAGAAGAUACAAGCGAGAUGAGUGCAACUUCAAAUAAAAAAGGAAUGAGUCUUGACAUGUAUUUUAAGGUACAUGGGAUAAAUUUGGAAGAUGAAGAAGAUGAGGAAGAUGAAGAAAAUAAGCUUGAUGAUAAUGCAAAUGAUGCAGGUAGUGGAGGACAAACUAGUAAUGAAGGCACAAUAAAGAAGAAAACCCGUGGAAAAACUACGUGCAAAAAGCUUCAUGCCACAGAUUUUAAUGAUCGACGGGAGGUGGUAUUUUUUCAAGGGCAGCCUGUAGGUCCAACCAACGAGGUUGUAUCUGACCUCAACCAACUAUUGGGCACAACAGUUAGAAACCCUCGUUUUGUGACUUUGUUAUAUACUAGUUGGCAUGGUGUGCUUAAUAAACUCAAAGAGGACAUGUGGGAGUAUGCUAAUCAAAAGUUUAUUCUUCCCAUAAGUUCAAAGCCGUGGGCUAUCUCUGCUAAGAAUACUGAAAAUAGGUUAAAAGAAACAUGUCCUCACCGAAUGGGAUCCACAAAUUUUGGAAUAGUGCGUAAGCAGCUGCGCGACCCUAAAGAGAACAGUGAAGAACCAUCAAGGGCUGAAGCUUUCAUAGCAACUCGCACAAGUAAAAAAGGAAAAGAAAUUGAUGCUAAAACACAAGCCACAAUUAACCGCUUAGAAGCAGGAGAAAAUGAAGAGGAUGCAUUUGUAGGAGUGUUAGGAAAGGACCAACCAGGUCGAGUUCGUUGUUAUGGGGCUUCGAUUACAAGAAGCUCUCUUAAAAAAGAUGAGGAGAUUCGCCACAUAAAAGUUGAAUAUAACACUAAGGUCUCAUCAUUAGAGAAGAAGAUGGAUGGUGUAUGUGGUUUAUUAAAGGUAUUGGUGCACCAACUCAACCCUGGAAUGAGUGAUGAAGAGGUAGCAGCCUUAGUUCAAGCUGCCCAAGAUUCUCCUUUGGAUACCUCAAGUAGCAGAGCAAAAAAUACUCCUCGCUCCUCCGAAUCAACUCACAUUCCACACAAAGAUGAUGGCACAGGUCAAAACAAUUUACCUUGCAAUGAUACAUGA